AUGGCGAACAAGCCGGAGGUAAGUAUCUUGCUUUUUUAGUUGGUUUUUAGGUAUAAACAUACGUCGAACUGAAGUAAAUUGCUCUUGAAAAUCUGCUUUAUGUUUUUGGUAAAAUAUUAGAAAGUGAAUUGUAUUUUAUACAGUAUUAAGAGCAGGUGUAUGAUUAAACACUUGAUGAAAACAUGGUUAAUGUCUUUUUUUAGUUUUUGUUAAUUUCUUCUCAAAGUGAGAGUCCAUACACGACAAGUUAUGUUGAUCCAGCUACGGGACAUGCUAUUUGGUCACAUAAAGGCAAUGAACUGCGUGGGUCGGCGACAAAGUUUGCUGAACCAGUUGGUCGAAAAGGAGAUGUGUUGUUGGUUGGGUCUGCCACACAAAACUUGGUGUCAAUGGUUUCUGCGGCCAAAUUUCAACCCAUAAACUGUUUUGUCCGAAGUCCUGUAACUAGUUGUGCUAUAGAUUCUACUGGGACAUUUGUAUACUUGUCGUUACAGAACAAAAUAUUCAGUUAUAAUGUAAGUUGUUUAGUAUAAUAUUGGCUUUGAUGUUUAGGUAGCGAAAUUUUGAAAAAAGAAGCUUUGGUUGACUUGAAUAUCGAUAGAUUUAUAUUCAUUAUGUUGUUGAACAUUCUGUUAAACGUAUUUUACAUCUACAUAGUGUAAUAUUUUAGGUAAAAACAGGGGAACUUCUGAAGGUGUCAGCAAACUCGAUGUUGAGAUUCAAUCGGAUUGUUUUGUGUCCGAAUGAUAAAUAUAUGGCUGUUCCGGCUGAAGAUGAUGGUGUUGUCUUUGUUUUUCAAACAAGAGAGUACGUUUUGAUACGAUUCAUAUAAGAUUCUUAAUUUUUUUUAUAUUAUACUAGGUUUUAUAUGGUUUUUUCAUAAAAUCACUUACAUUUUGGGGAAAACUUAGAUAUUUAUGUCAAUUUUUUUUUGCGUUUUUUAAUUUUACAUUUAUUUAACAUUUUUUAAUUUAUAAUCUUUCCUUUUUAGCCUAGUCUUACGAUCAGUGUUGGCCGAAGAAGUUUCACCAUACAAGACCUUAAGGUAUCACAGACAGCCGGUUACAGAUUUGUCAUUUGGUCCGUUGGAUUCAACUCGGUUACUGACUGUGUCAGCGGAUCAUUCACUGGUGUUAUGGUCUAUUAAAGAAGAAACUCCGGUGAUUAAAAUGAAUGUGGAUGAAAAGUUGGGAGCUUGUUGUCUGAAUUCAACUGAAUUGAAGUUGUUUUUUGGUACUGAAGGUGGAAAACUGAUUUCAAUGAGUACUGAAGCUGCUGUAAGUUUUGGUUUGAAAUUCGAUUUUUAAAUUGAUUUUGAUGUAUUUUUGGUUUUUAAAGAGAUUUUGAAGUAAUAUGAUUCGUUUAAGCGUUUGUUACCUGUUUGGGCAAUGAAUUUAAUUAUAAGGCUAAUAUAAUAAUAAUUAAAAAAUUUUUUAUUUUCAGAGGUACCAACUAGCCGAAAACGACUUUCUCCGAGCCCAAAAGACCGACGAAGAAGAUGAUUCACUUCAAAUUGUAUCAAAACAUUCAGCUCCAAUAGUGAAAAUAGCUCUAAAUCUAGACGAAUCAAAAGGAGCUAGUGGAGAUGAAACCGGUACCAUCUAUAUAUGGGAUUCUUUCAACCUUCAGACAAUGUUUAAAGUACAAAAGUCAGGAAUCAUAACUACAUUGAAGUUUACACCGGCUUUUAAAUCAGUCACAGAUGUGGAAUAUUAUGUGGAUCCACAGCAAGUUAAGCCUUUGAAUCGAGAUAUGAGCGCGAAACUAAAUUCAACUUUGACGUUUAGACUUAAUGAGGAUGGGCAAUGGAAUCAGAGGGUUGAGGUAGGUGGAGAUUUUUGGUUUCUUAAAAAUUUUUAUAGCAGUUUUUUGCCUUAUAAUUGAUUUUUUAAUGAAAAAUGACUUUUGAAGGUUGUUUUUUGUCUGUGGUUAGUGAUUUCGAUCUAGUAUGGUAUAUUUAAAAAAAUGUUUUUGAAUUUUAUUAUUUACAGGGGCAGGGACGUCGUUUGGGGGAGGGGGUAGGGGGGGGUACCCUCCCCCCAGAGCCAAUCCGAAAAAAAUUCCACAGGUAGGAGGUACCUGUACGCGUAAAAAUGAAAAAAAAAUUUUUUGAAAACAUUUUUUUUCGGCCUUACCCUCUCCCAGAGAAAAUCGUCGCGACGUCCCUGCACAGGGGGGGGGGAUCAAGUUUAAACUUUUGAAAAAAAAUUAUGGUGAGGAUUUAUAAAUUGAAAAAAAAUUAAAAAUAUUAAUUUCAGGACCUGUCCGACUGGCUGAAAUCAAAUGACAUCCCAUCAACAAGCUCAACCUUAUCUACAGCUCAAAAACAAGAUCAGAACCGCUCCAAAAACCCUCAACAAUCAACUACAGCACCGCUAAAAACCCUGUCAAAAUCGGCCAGAAGAAAGUUGGCAAAACAAAAGCGACAAGCCAUAGAAGAAGAGCCAGAAAUCAUGGAGGUAGAUGUGGAGAAAGAAACAGUUUCAAGCGAAGAAGUGGCACAAAUGAAGGCUGAGCUGGAGAAGCUAAAGGAACUGAACAGCACUUUACAGAGGGAAAACAAAAAAUUGUUUGAUUUUGCGAAGAAACAGCUGAAUGGUGAAUGA